ACGUGAAAAGAGGGGCGGUGUGACUGAGCUACCUGCUUCUGCCUUGUCUUACUGGCAUAGCCGCCAGUAAACCUGGGCGACGAUAAAGGUGGUAGCCAGGCUGAGAAGCAAGGCCGCAGGAGCGCCCGGCGGGCUUUAAGCUCGGGAACAGGUGCAAUGAAAGCUUUCUGUGCUUUCUUUGUUGUUGUUUUGGUGUUCGGGAGUGUCUCUGAAGCCAAGUUUGAUGAUUUUGAGGAUGAGGAGGACAUAGUAGAGUAUGAUGAUAAUGACUUUGCUGAAUUUGAAGAUGUCCUAGAAGAUUCUGUUACCGAAUCUCCUCAACGGGUAAUAACUACUGAAGACGACGAAGAUGAGACAACUGUGGAAUUGGAAGGGCAAGAUGAAAACCAAGAAGGAGAUUUUGAAGAUGCAGAUACCCAGGAGGGAGAUACGGAGAAUGAACCUUAUGAUGACGAAGAAUUUGAAGGUUAUGAAGACAAACCAGAUACUACUUCUAGCAAAAAUAAAGACCCAAUAACAAUUGUUGACGUACCUGCACACCUCCAGAACAGUUGGGAGAGUUAUUAUCUAGAAAUUUUGAUGGUGACUGGUCUGCUCGCCUAUAUCAUGAACUACAUUAUUGGAAAGAAUAAAAACAGUCGCCUAGCACAGGCCUGGUUUAACACUCAUAGAGAGCUUUUGGAGAGCAACUUUACCUUAGUGGGAGAUGAUGGAACUAACAAAGAAGCUACAAGCACGGGAAAGUUGAACCAGGAGAAUGAGCAUAUCUAUAACUUGUGGUGUUCUGGUAGAGUGUGCUGUGAGGGAAUGCUUAUCCAGCUGAGGUUCCUUAAGAGACAAGACUUACUGAAUGUCCUGGCACGAAUGAUGAGGCCAAUGAGUGAUCAAGUGCAAAUAAAAGUAACUAUGAAUGAUGAAGACAUGGAUACCUAUGUGUUUGCUGUUGGCACACGGAAAGCUUUAGUGCGACUGCAGAAAGAGAUGCAGGAUCUGAGUGAGUUUUGUAGUGAUAAACCUAAGUCUGGAGCGAAGUAUGGACUGCCAGACUCUUUGGCCAUCCUGUCGGAGAUGGGAGAAGUCACAGAGGGAAUGAUGGAUACAAAGAUGGUUCACUUUCUUACACACUAUGCUGACAAGAUUGAAUCCAUUCAUUUUUCAGACCAGUUCUCUGGUCCAAAAAUUAUGCAAGAGGAAGGUCAGCCUUUAAAGCUGCCUGACACUAAGAGGACACUAUUGUUUACAUUUAAUGUGCCUGGAUCAGGUAACACUUACCCAAAGGAUAUGGAGGCUUUGCUACCCUUGAUGAACAUGGUGAUUUAUUCUAUUGAUAAAGCCAAAAAGUUUCGACUCAACAGAGAAGGCAAACAAAAAGCAGAUAAGAACCGUGCACGAGUAGAAGAGAACUUCUUGAAACUAACACACGUACAGAGACAGGAAGCUGCACAGUCCCGGCGUGAAGAAAAGAAAAGAGCAGAGAAGGAGCGCAUCAUGAACGAAGAAGAUCCUGAGAAACAACGCAGACUGGAGGAAGCUGCAUUGAGGCGUGAACAGAAGAAAUUGGAGAAGAAGCAAAUGAAAAUGAAACAAAUCAAAGUGAAAGCCAUGUAAAAUCAUCCCAGAGAUCCGAGUCCUAAUUCCACCUAUAAGCUCUGAGUUCAUAGGAAACAUAAAAAAACACCAGUCGUUUUCUCACUUUAAAGUUCAGAUACUCUCUGUGCUGAGAAAUCCUUAUUUCAUCAUCUAUUCUGCUCUUGGUCUGGAGUUUUACAGAGGUUGUAGAUACAUUGAAAGGGCUCUAUUUCAGUAAUUUUCUUCCAGAUAAUCAAAUUAUUUUGAUUAUUUUAUAAAAGAAAUGAUAUAUAAAAUGUAGUUUUCAAAUAUUUUUUAAAUUAUAACAUGAAUCAUCAAUCCUUUUAAUGUUUUAAAGUUUGAAGAAAUAUCAUGAAAUUUACAGGUAAAUAAUUAGGUUGUUGCUUUUUGUUUAAACUAAGCAGAUAGAGUAGCUAUGGAACCUGACUCUAAACCAAGAUUCCACAAAUAACUACUGGAAUUGCACAAUAAACAUUGCUUGAUGUUUUCUUCUGUGUGUACAUUGAACUUGUGAAAAAGUAAAAUUUAGAACAUUAUAUGUGGUGACGAAAUUUCAGGAAACUCAGUACAUAUGCAGUAUGUUUUGUAGGUGGGAGGUGCUGAUAGCAGUAUUAUAGGAAAUCUGUAGGUGUUAGGAUACUGAUAUGUACAUGGAAAAUUCUAGAGGUAGGUAGUACAUGAGCAUGGUUUUCUCCUUAUCUGAUACUAUGAGCUAAUGACAAUGUGAAUGCUGUAUUUUCAAAGGUUUUAUGUUAUUUUCUUGAGUACCAAGUGCAUGAAAAAUUAAUUGCUACAUCCAUAUCAGAUCAGCAAUCAGAUCAUUGGUCUAUGUGAAGUCACAAAUAUUUUUCUUCUUCAUUAAUGCCACCUAUUGGAUGUUCAUGGAGAAGCUCUGCUGUGUUAUGGCUGUGUACCUUUGCUUCUCCUUCUGCUUUUUCUCUUCUACAGUUGGGGCUGGGUAUGUCCUUUCAAAUAGCCAAAAACAUGCAUAAAUAAUACUUAAAAAACUGAGCCUUCCUAAACUAUUGAGAGUUCUUUCUGCCUCUUGAGGAAGAAACUCUUGUGGGAAAGGCCCAUCUAUCUGUACAAGCAUUUGGCUUGUUCAGAUCUCUGCAUUUUAUAAAUGCUUCCUACUAAGAAAGCAUUUUUUAAGUCACUGCUGGCACCAGGUAGUUUUUGCUGGGGAUGGGAAAGGGUUGGGUGUUUUGGUGGGUGUGGGAGGAGGGAUUUUUGUUGAUGCUUUAUGUGCAGAUCUGUUCUGGGGCAACUACAAUGAGUUGCUGUGAAAACAGCAUGUACCGCUGCCUUUGUAACUGCAUGGGAACUUUUCACAUGGGUUUUCUCUAGGUUAAUACAGAAAUGUGUAAACUGGGAGAUGCAGAUGUAAUAUUUUUUAACAGUUUGUGAAUUUAAGUUAUUAAAAUGACAAAAAUAACACAAAUUUAAUUUAGUGCUAUAUAAUUCUAGAACUAGCAUUGUACUACAAGCCUUUAAAGUACAUUUUAGAAAUCAAAGUUGAUAUGCUUAGCUAUCUUUUAAUAAUAUAAGCUUUCUUAAAGUCCCACACAUUUGGACCAUGGCAGCUAAUUUUGUAAUUUAAGCAUUCUAAUGAACUACCUAUGGACAUAUAUUAAACUGAUUGACAAAAUCUCAA